AUGUCGAACCUGGGCAAGCAGCCCGCUGUGGAACAGUACCAUUCGAUUGACUUAGAGAAUCCUGGCGAUAUUCCUACCCACUCACCACCCACCAGUCACAUGCAGUACCAGCCUAUGCCUGAUCCCAUCUCGGACUCAUAUUCUGUCCACUCAACAGUCCCUCUUAAUACCGGAUACAAAAUGGAUACAAUUCCACCAAUGCCUGAGCCUUCCGCAGCACGUAUAGUUGAACCGUCGCCAAGCUAUCUUCCUCGCUAUCCUCCGAAUAGACAGGACUCCUAUGCAGAUAGCAAUCAUAGCGCAGGCGCUAGUGCAGCUGGGACAGGUCCUGGUGGAUUUGUUCGUUUGAAAGACCGCGAAAAUGAAAAAUCAACCAGGCCUCACCAUCCUCGAAACCAAAGCUGGGAUUUCCUCUCUGGUAUUACCAAAGAUAUUGACGGCUUUGAUACCAGAAACGCAAGCCAGGCCCACCUGCAGUUUGCCGAAGGCGACAUCCCCAAAAAUAGACUUCCUGACCUUGACCCAAAUGAUCCGGGGGCAGUUGCGCGGCAAGCAGACAAUGCCGGCAACCUCCAGUUGAUCCAAAAGAUUCUAUUCGGCCUUAUGCUUUGCGCAGCCAUACUCUUAGGAGAGAAGUUUGCUAUCCAGUGGAUUGCGUACAAGUUCCACGAGCGCUCCUAUGCGGAACGAAUUGCGGCGCAAAGAUUCAGACAGGUUGUCUUACAACGUUAUACAAAUACUCGUCUGAAAUUCCUGGUCGAAGCGACACUCUCAAAGACAGCCAAGCGGCCGCCCUUCCGUUUCAACCCCAAAAAACUACUAAGAGGGGUGAUUAAGGGCGAGAUUGCUGGCAGCUCCGUACUUCAACCCAAUUCUCCUGCUGCCAUGGUUGCCACCGCUCUGUCAUCAGCCAACAAAACUCGCUUGCUGGCUCGCAGGAUCUUCUAUUCAUUUGUACAACCUGGGGCAAACACACUUGUCAUUACCGAUAUCGCUCAGUACUUCCCUGAUCACGAAAUGACUGAAAUUGCUUUUGGCAUGUUCGAUAAGACGGAAACCACGAUGCUACGCGAGACGAGGGAUAUUGAUUCGGCUGUGGGCCGGUUGGAUAACAUUUUGAUGAGUUUCUAUUUCAUCAUUGCUGCAUUGGUUAUCGCUGUGACGCUGGAAGCGAAGCUCACCACGCUGCUCACUGGCGCUGGCUCACUAGUGCUUGGUCUGUCAUGGCUCAUUGGUGCAUCGGCAUCUGAGGUCCUUACGUCCGUUAUCUUCCUGUUUAUAAAACAUCCUUAUGACGUUGGAGAUCGUGUCGACAUUGACAAAGGAUCAUACAUUGUCAAGGAAAUGCGUCUUCUAAGCACAGUUUUCAUAGACGUAACGCGUGGGUGUCUAGUCCAGGCACCUAAUGCUGGGCUCAGCACUCAGUUCAUCUCGAAUAUACAACGCAGUGGCCCUAUGUCCGAGACUUUUGUUUUCGACGUUGCAUACGAUACAGAGUUUGAGCAAAUAGAGGCGUUGCGCAGUCGCAUGCUUGCAUUUGUCCAAUCUCAUCGGCGAGACUACCAGCCGACAUUUGAUAUCGUGGUUUCAGAUAUCCCGGGACAGGAGAAGAUGACGUUAAAGGCUGAUAUCCUGUACAAAUCGAACUGGCAGCAAGGGGCACUAAAAACUAAACGUAGGAAUAAAUGGAUGUGUGCUCUGAAAACAGCCAUGGCCGAACUCAAGGUCUACGGUCCAACGGGGGAUCCUUCGGCUAAACCAGGACCCACGAAGUACACACAGGUACCAUGGGAAGAGGUCAAGGAAAUGGAACGGACUGAAAUGCCACUUCCUGACCUAUCAACUAAUGAACCGCGUAUACCGCGCGGGGAGUGGUCCUUCACGGAUCAGGAUGCUAUGAUCCUAGACCGAAGGCAGGAUGUAUUUGACGAGGCAGACGAUUAUAGUUUUAUGCCUACGGCCCAAACACGAUCUGGGCAGGAUCUCCGUCAAAGAAGGAUGACUCGAGGAGUUGGAGAAACAGGAGAAGCCAUAGAAAUGUCUAGGUCGAGAGCAUCCAUGCCUAGAGCCAGACGUUAA